GCAAAGCACGUUGAGUUCGUCUGUAGCGCUAAUUAUUAUUAUUAUUAUUAUUUUCCCCCAAGCCUGGGAGGGUUUGGCGAUUCGUCCCGGCCGAGUUGCUGCUGCCUGGCUGCCACCGACGGCCCUUCCCUCCCUCGCUCUCCCGGCUUCUGCAGCCCAGCUCCCGGGGCCCCUCGACCGCCGUUAACAUGUUUGACGGCCCCUUCCUGCUCUGUAGCUCGCCCCCGCUCUUCGCCCUGCUGCUCGUCCUUGGCCAACCGGCUCCCCAGACAGCUGUCGCGAAGCUGGCUGUGGUGAUUCCGGAGCAGAUUCCUCUUGUCAGAGUCCAUUUUCUUCAACCUCCCAAAAGUGGCCCUAACAAGGCUCGGAGGCGACGUUCUGGGUCCCUACAGUUGGAGGAAGACGUUGCCCAAUUGCUUAUUCGCCUUCCUGUUGGUGCUGGGCUUCAUCCUACCUCUGAUCUCUACCUGAUGCUUCACCACGAUGACCAGUUUUUGGCUCCUGGUUUCUCUGUGGAAGAAAUUGAUGAGAGCCAAAGAAUCCACCGACAUCGGGCCGUAGACCAGCUUUGCUUCUACACGGGCCACGUGCUAAACCGCAGUCAUGACUCUUUUGCUUCACUCAGCACCUGUGGUGGACUGGUUGGCCAUAUCCAGAUUGGUCUAGAACAGGUGCAGAUACAGCCUGUAAACGGGUCUGAACUGUCAUUCCAUGGGAAAGAGCACUUCAUCAGGCGGAAGAGAUCCAGCCCAGGCCGUCCUUUGAAGUCAACGAUCCCGAUGGAGCAUUGCAGUGUGUUACCAGAAAAAAAGAAGCCUCCGAAGGGCAAGGUUCUCCACGACUGGAAAGGACGGAGAAACGCCAUUCAUCUCACAAAUGAGUACACGGUGGAAACGCUUGUGGUGGCUGACGCUGACAUGGUCCAAUAUCACGGAAUUGAUGCGGCUCAAAGAUUCAUCCUUACUGUGAUGAACAUGGUGUAUAACAUGUUUCAGCACCAGAGUCUUGGGGUGAAAGUCUACAUUCGAGUUACGAAGCUUGUCUUGCUCCGAAGACGUCCUGCCAGGUUGUCCAUAGGUCAUCAUGGAGAGAGGUCUCUGGAGAGCUUUUGCCAAUGGCAAAACGAAGAGUUUGGUGGUGCAAAGUACCUUGGGAACAAUCAGGUACCUGGAGCACGAGAUGACACUCUUCCAGUGGAUGCUGCUGUCUUUGUUACAAGGACAGAUUUUUGUGUCCAUAAGGAUGAGCCCUGUGACACAGUAGGCAUUGCUUACCUUGGAGGAAUUUGCAGCUUGAAGAGGAAGUGUGUCCUUGCAGAAGACAAUGGACUCAAUCUGGCCUUCACCAUUGCUCAUGAACUGGGACACAACAUGGGUAUGAGUCAUGAUGACGACCACUUGUCCUGCACUGGGAGAUCUCACAUCAUGUCUGGAGAAUGGGUGAAGGGCAGAAAUCCCAGUGACCUAUCCUGGUCUUCCUGCAGCCGAGAUGACCUUGAAAAGUUUCUAAAGUCCAAAGUCAGCAACUGUUUGCUGGUAACAGACCCACGUAGCCGAUAUGCUGUUCGCCUGCCUUAUAAACUCCCAGGAAUGCAUUAUAGCGCAGAUGAGCAAUGCCAGAUCCUCUUUGGGACCAAUGCAACUUUCUGUAAGAAUAUGGAGCAUUUGAUGUGUGCUGGUCUCUGGUGCCUUGUGGAAGGAGAUGCCUCUUGUAAAACCAAACUGGAUCCUCCCCUGGAUGGGACAGAAUGUGGAGCUGACAAGUGGUGCCGAAUGGGGGAGUGUGUCAGUAAAACCCCCAUCCCUGAACACAUUGAUGGUGACUGGAGCAUUUGGAGUCAAUGGAGCAUGUGCAGCCGGACGUGUGAGUCCGGGGCCAGAUUCAGGCAGCGCAAAUGUGACAAUCCUCCGCCUGGGCCUGGAGGUAAAAACUGCCAGGGAGCAAGUGUGGAACACACGGUAUGUGAAAACUUGCCGUGUCCCAGAGGGGUGUCGUCCUUCAGAGACCAACAGUGUCAAUCUCACGAUCGCUCGGCCAACAAGAAGAAAAGCCUAUGGACGUCUGUCAUCAUGGAUGAAAAACCUUGUGAGCUGCAUUGCUCUCCAUUUGGGAAAGAGUCUCCUAUGCUGGUAUCUGAUAGGGUCAUUGAUGGUACACCAUGUGGACCUUAUGAGACUGACCUCUGCGUUCAUGGCAAGUGCCAGAAAAUCGGCUGUGAUGGGAUCAUUGGAUCUGCUGCCAAAGAAGAUCACUGUGGCAUUUGUAAUGGAAAUGGCAAAACCUGCAAAGUGGUGAAAGGGGACUUCAACCAUACGAAAGGGAUGGUCUCCAAUAAUCAAUGUAAGAAGGUUUCCACCUGUGUGAUGGCAAGGACAAAGGCAGUCCCGAAGUGUUUCUCGUGUUAUAUUGAAGCAGCUGUGAUACCUGCUGGAGCAAGACGUAUCCGGGUGAUGGAGGACAAACCUGGUCACAGUUUUUUGGCUUUGAAAGAUUCCAGUAAGAAAUCCAUUAAUAGCGACUGGAAAAUUGAACUUCCUGGUGAGUUUCAGAUAGCGGGGACCACCAUUCGUUACGUACGACGAGGCCUGUGGGAGAAGAUGUCUGCCAAAGGACCAACCAAAAUACCACUUCAUCUUUUGGUACUGUUAUUCCAUGAUCAGAACUAUGGGAUACAUUAUGAAUAUACCAUUCCUGUGAAUUAUUCUACUGAAAAUAGAAGUGAGUCAGAACAUCAACAGGACUCGCUGUAUAUAUGGACACACAGUGGAUGGGAAGACUGCAAUGUACAGUGUGGAGGAGGGGAACGGAAAACCGUUGUGUCCUGCACCCAGAUUGUUAACAAGACUAUGAUACUGGUGAACGACAGUGCUUGCCAGAGGGCAACCCGUCCAGAGCCACAGGUCAGAAUGUGUCAUGCCCAUCCCUGCCAGUCCAGGUGGGUUACAGGACAGUGGAGUCCUUGCUCUUCAACUUGUGCCAAAGGCCUCCAGCAUCGGGAAGUGACAUGUGUCUAUCAACUGCAGAAUGGUAGCUAUGUCAACACUAGAGACCUCUACUGCCUUGGUCCCAAGCCAGCAACCAUACAGAGCUGCGAAGGCCGAGACUGUCUUUCCAUCUGGGAAGCUUCAGAAUGGUCUAAGUGUUCCUCUGAUUGUGGAAGGGGGAAACAGAAGAGAAAAGUCAUGUGUACCAACUCACAAGGAAAGUGUGAUGCAGCUACGAGGCCAAGGGAAGAGGAAGAGUGUGAAGAUCACACCGGAUGCUACGAAUGGAAGACUGGGGAGUGGUCUAAGUGCUCCUCAACGUGUGGCAAAGGUCUUCAGUCCCGCGUGGUGCAGUGCAUGCACAAAGUCACAGGUCGCCAUGGCAACGAGUGUCCCGCCUUCUCCAAACUUGCCGCCUACCGACAGUGUCACCAACAGGCCUGCAAUGAGAAAAUCAAUGUCAACACAAUUACCUCUCCAAGACUUGCUGCUUUGACAUAUAAGUGCACGGGAGACCAAUGGGCAGUUUAUUGUCGAGUGAUCCGGGAGAAGAACCUCUGCCAGGACAUGCGUUGGUACCAGCGCUGCUGUCAAACCUGCAGAGACUUCUAUGCAAGCAAGAUGCAGCAGAAGAGUUAAUGAAAUCUGCCUGCGGUCCUUGGGGAAUGAUGGCUCGCCCAUACUUCUUCCCACGAUGUAUCAUUAACUUAUGGAACUUGCUGCCACAAGACGUGGCGAUAGCUAUUUCAGCUUAGAUUAGAUAAAUUUAUAGGGGAAUUGGGUCUAUUGGUGGCUAAUAGUCACGACUGCUAAUUAUAGAGCCUCUGUGAACAGAGGCCACAUACUUUUGAAAUGCAAGGACUAAUGAUAUCACAUUGGAAGGCCAUCAUCACCUUUCACAUGGCUGGAUGUUAUGAAAAAGAAGAAGCUUGACCAGAUGGACCUUGAUCUGAUUCAGCAAGGUCAACUGUAUCCGAAAAUUGCAAACGCAAGUAUCUGUUUAAUUUCAAACUCAAGUUAUUCACACCCAAUUAAUUCCGGUGCUUACCUAGCAAGACUCGAAGCUCCUUUUGCAGACUGGAUGAAUGAAAGCAAAAUCAUCACAUAAAAAAGAAGAAGAAAAAAAGAAUUCAUCUCAAAAACCAACCCUGUAGAAUAUUAUGAUACUUUUGACAUAGCUGCAUUUUUUUUUUCAUUAAUAUAUAGAUUAUUGCAAGCCACUGGAUGGCUUGUUACCAUUUUUUUAAUUUUUUAUUUUUUAAGGAAAAGAUUAGGAGAGCAAUUAAAUUGAAUGAAGAUAUAUGUACCUGUAGCGAAUAUUAUCUCCAUCUAUAUCUCUGGAUGAAGGGUGGAUGGUUUGAAAGGGAAAAGCCGUUAAUGAAGUGAAAUCUUAUAUAAUUUUACCAGAAAGCAGUAAACAGCAGACCAGCCCUUCCGAAACUUCUGAACGAAAUCUACUGUAGCCCCUCAAUCCACCACUUAGUAUAAUUUCAGAGAAAUUUUUAAAAAAGCCCUAAUUAAUAGCCAUCUUUCCUCUCUCGCCUAAAAUAUAUGUAUUUAUAUAUUAAUUUUCCCCUGGGCUGGUCUUCUGUUCAGCUUUUUAGACUACAAUUCCCAGCCUCACCUAAGUCUAAUAGGGUAGCCUAAUGCAUCUGAAAUAUUUAAUACAGCAAUAAAUAAAAGAUAAAGUAAUCAUUUUGUAAGCCCCUAUUGAAAUGUUUUAUUGCAUAGGGCAGUGGUGGCGAACCUAUGGCACGGGUUCCAAAGGCAGCACGCAGAGCCCUCUCUGUGGGCACGCGCGCCAUCGCCCCAGUCCUAGGCCUUCAGCUGGGUUUUAUAAAACCGUUUC